ACCGACCCAUUCUUUUCUUCCCAACUACCAGUUUUCUCCUGUUGAGUUCUGUCUUCUGGGAUGCAUCAUCUGCACCCUUGCUUCUCUUUUAUCUAACUGCGUGUGGGUUUCUCUCUCGUGCGUUUCCAAAAAAUCGAGUUGCAUUUAGAUCGGCACCUAACCGAUCCCCUCACUACUCGCUAUACGUCGUCCGGCGCAACGUCAGAGCCUGGUUGUACCUUGUUCCGUCCAACCUUGGUCUCAUUUUCAUUCCUAUCGCCCUCCCCGUCCAUCGCCAUUCUUCACUGAGUGUAUGAUGACGUUGUAGCUGUUCGCCAGCCCGUUUGUUUUAUCUGAUCUUGCAGCCAUCUUGAAUUUCGAUAGACCUUCUUGCAGCCAAUUCAGCAACUGUUAAGUCGAAUUGAUUCGCGCGCAUUGUGCGAAUAACAACAGGCAAGAUGAUUGGCAGUCUCUUCUUCAUCCUCAAUCGGCUCUUAGAGCUUAUUCUUCUAAUUCCGAUCAUCGGAAUGAUGGCCUACUUUGUCAACGGCUAUCUGAACGCAAACAUGAUUACCCCGGCCUAUAUCCUGGUCAUUUUCAUUGUCAGCGUCAUUGCGGCUUUCUGGUGUAUCGAUACCAUGAUUCGUAUUUCAACCACUCGACGUUCAGCGAUGUUCGUCGCUUUCGUGGAUCUACUAUUCUUCGGCGCAUUUAUCGCAGGGGUCUACGAACUGCGAUUCAUCACGAAUGCCGACUGUGCGCACUGGAAUGGAGGCUCAGUGUACAUUUCGCUUGGUCCCUUCGGAUACUAUGGCUACACCUCGGACAAUCCGCUGUCAUUCCACAUCAACAAAACAUGCGCGAUGCUCAAAGCUUGCUUUGCAUUGGGGAUAAUCGAGGUGAUCCUAUUCUUCUGGACGGCGAUACUGGCGAUGAUGAUCUACCGCCGACCGGACACGGUUGUCAAGGAGACGACUGUGCGGCGCCGCAGUCACAGCAGUCGACGCGGUCAUAGGCGCCAUAGCAGCUCACGCAGCCGACAUCACUAUGAAGUCUAGGAUUGAUUUCUCUAUUUACGACUUUACGGACUACGAUGGAAUGGUAUAUGGUUCAUGAUGGAAAUUAUUGAUGAUGCACAGAGGGCCGUUUUAGGGGUUAGGCCCAUGGAGAGAUGCGAUCACGCUCACGACUUACGAGAC